CAGCAACAGAAUUAUAUCGCCUCCUGAACUGGCAAAUGACAAAUCCGCACCAGCCAAAGGAACCCCAUCCCGAUUACACCAAUGGGAUUUCUUUAGUGAGAAGAUGUCUUCAGCUCUGUCUGCUGCAACUAUUCCUGAAGCCAUAGCCAACUUGGAAUUUAACAGCAAGAUGUAGGAAGCCAGAGGAUCCUUAGGCAAGGGAAGGAUCAAAAGUGGCCAUUUGACAGCUAGCAACCAUGGAGGAGAGCUUGCAUUGUCAAAUGCUGUGAAAAGUUGCCAGCUGUGUUCAGAUCCACCAAAGAAUCUUCUCUGAGGAAUUGUUUGCACAAGAUGAAUUAGCUGACUGAAGUCAUCCCUACCUUUCUUAAACGGAUGGUGCUCAUUGCUUACAACUACUGUGGGAAGUCGUCAUACAUCUUUGUAAACCUUAACACAACCUAUGGGACACCAGACAUGAAGAGACUUGGAGUGGAUUAAGGCUCAGCUGUUACCAUAACACUGCAGAAAUAAACAGCAAUAAAAAUCUCAAUGAGCUGUGAAGUGCAGUUAUAGAACUCCAGCUGAACAAGACAACCACAUGUCUGCUCUGUUAUUGCAUGGCAUCAUGGGAAUUCCAUCAGGCACACAACAUCCCUAGAAUGUCACCUGAAGCCAAGCCAACCAGAAGUUAACCUUCUUCGGCUGUGGAUUGUAUAUUUUGCAUAACCAAUCAUUGAGAAAAAAAUUCAAUAUUCUUAGAAGGCUUUCGGAUGAAAAUAAACAUUAACCUCCACUGUGAAAGAAAUAUUGACUAGAGAAAUGGCAGAAAACUUUAACUGUGUCACUCAUGUCCACGGCUUUGACCUAGGUGCUCGUUACAUCGACCUGCAGCCUUUGGGUUAUGGUGCCAAUGGAUUGGUAUUUGCGGCAAUAGAUAGCCAAAGCUAUCGUAAAGUCGCAGUGAAGAAAAUCACUAUUAAUGAUGCUCGAAGUCUAAAGCAUGCUCUACGGGAGAUCAAAAUUAUCCGCCGAUUGGACCAUGACAAUAUCGUAAAGGUUUUUGAGGUUCUUGGUCCCAAGGGAAGUGAUAUACCUCAAGACAUUUAUAGGUUGAGCGUAGUGUAUAUAGUCCAAGAGCAUAUGGACACUGACCUUGCUCGCCUUUUGGAGCAGGGACCCCUUUCAGAGGAGCAUGCCAAGCUUUUUAUGUACCAGCUACUUCGAGGACUCAAGUACAUACACUCAGCCAACAUACUGCACAGAGAUUUAAAGCCAGCCAAUAUCUUUAUCAAUACCGAAGACCUGGUGUUGAAAAUUGGCGACUUUGGAUUGGCAAGGAUUGUGGACCCACAUUACUCACAUAAAGGUCAUCUUUCGGAAGGCUUAGUAACAAAAUGGUAUCGGUCUCCACGUCUCCUUCUUUCACCGAACAACUAUACCAAAGCCAUUGACAUGUGGGCCGCAGGUUGUAUAUUGAUAGAAAUGCUGACUGGAAAGAUGUUGUUUGCUGGUGCACAUGAGCUGGAACAGAUGCAGUUGAUUCUGAAAACAAUCCCUGUUCUCCGAGAGGAGGACAAACAAGAAUUGCUCCGUGUCAUGCCAGCCUACAUCAGCCCAAAGUGGGAGGUGUCAAAACCCCUAAGGGAUCUACUUCCUGAAGGAAAUGCAGAAGCCAUUGAUUUCCUGGAAAAGAUCUUGACAUUUAACUCGAUGGAUCGCUUAACUGCUGAAGAAGGCUUGGCACAUCUCUUUAUGAGCCCUUACUCCUGCCCACAGGACGAACCAGUAUCUCAGCAUCCUUUCAGAAUAGAAGAUGAGAUAGAUGACAUACUGCUGAUGGAAGCGAGUCAGAGCCAGAUGUCCAACUGGGAGAGAUAUCAUGAUAGCUUCUCUUCUGACUUGGAAUGGCUCCGGGACAAAUAUGGAGACUUGGAUGAAGUGCAGCGAGAUCCACGUGCUAUGUCCAAAGCUGUUGCAGAGGAUGUGCAGAUUGACCCACGUAAGUACUCACAGAGCAGCUCUGAGAGACUCCUGGAGCAGUCUCACACAUCAAUGGAUCGAAUGUGUGAAAUGGACUAUGGACGAUCAUGCGAUUAUAAAAUCGGAUCACCCUCUUACCUGGAUAGACUACUGUGGAGGGACAACAAGCCCCAUCAUUACUCCGAACCCAAGCUCAUUCUGGAUUUAUCUCACCGGAAAAGAACAGCAACUGCUUCAUGUGUGGCUGUUUCACUGGAUGAAGGAAAAUCUGAUCUCCUUUUGAAAGUCUCAGACUAUAAGAAUGGGAGUCCUUUGAAAAUUGAUUGUUCCAGCUCGCUGCCAAAUAUUCAGGAAAGAAGUCAACCUUCAUCCCCGCACACUUUGGCAUCUUCAGAAAUAUCGAAUGGAGGAGGCUCACAAUUUGAUUUUGAUGUCUUCAUAUCCAGAGCCUUGAAGCUUUGUGGGAAACAAGAAGAGCUAGCCGAUAGCAAAUUGAAUGAUUUAAAUGGCACUUGCAUGCCAGAACAUACCAAUGAAAUAGUCCAGGCAGAAGUCAAUGAAAAAGAGAGGUGGUAGAAUACAGUUUUGCUGGAUAUUUUUUGGAGUUAUUGCAUUGGGGUUUCAGUUCAUAAAGAUGGUGUCUCAACAAAACAAGCUGAAUAACCUAAUGGAAAUUAACCUGGCAGAUUAGUUCCUGGGGAUGUUGGGGGUUUGAUCCAUUCCGACCCAGGAUCACUGCUUCACCCAUUUGGAAGGUAGCUGUAGUAAACACUGAUGGCCUGUUAAACUUGUGAUGAUUAUACAAACACGAAAGCUUGCAUUUUUUGUGUAUUCCCAGACAAUGAUCUUGUCACCAUGUGCUGAUGGUUUUAUAAUUACUCUGCCUGAAAAACCAAUAACUUUAAGUGAUGCAUGUACAUACUAGUUAAGCUUUUGGUUCAUAUUAAUGAAUUAGGGGCAAUAACAUGGUCAUUGUGUCAUUUCUCUAUUUUUAAAAUUUGAAUUAAUUUUUUCUAUACUUGAUGCCUUGUUCAUUUGUUCUGUCCAGUUGUAGCUUUUUGCUAUGUUGUUCUGAGUUUGUAUGUGGAAUUUCCAAAGCGAAUAUUUCAUGUCUGCUCCAUUUCUUGUCAAGAGCCACCUGAAUGUCUUCAGUUUCCAUUCCUGCCUGCCCAUAGAAUAUCACAAGUGAAUUAAUUGUAAUCAUUGAGUUACUUCCCCUUUAUCAAAACUUCCUGACGGGAUUUUAACUAAGCAUGAUAUUCACUGCAGAUGCUAGCCUCAAUAAAAUCUGAUGGAACAGAAUAAGAACUUCUUCUCUAAAUGUAAAGAGAUAUUUUUGCAGAGCCAGGAGAUACUUCAUGUGCACAAUGUAGGUUGCUGCCAUCCCAGACUCUCCACUUCCAUGACUGGAUCUCCACAUCCCUACGUAUCCGUCAUUGGACUGAUAGCUGGUAGAGUACCAAAAAACACCUGUUUUGCUUCAGUACCCUGUCAGACAUAUAAUGACAGUAUCUAAGGGAGGCCCAAUUAAGCAGUCAACUGCCCAACCAAGAGUCAAAAUCCAACCCACUAUAUGCUAGUACAUAUGAUGACAUUUCGGAAUUCUGGACUGUUACACCACCUAUUGGUGUGAAAAUCUUAUUGCUGUCUUUUCAAAGGUGGACUGAUUUAUGUUUUUUUUAAGAGAGUUUGCUUAUUUCUUAAGCUGAGUAAUUAUUGCAGCGAAAUGAAAGACUUCUCAAUUCUGCCUUUAUUAAGCAUUUCCCUUAUCAAAUAUAAUGCAGACCAAAGGCUAAGUGAAACUCCCCCCAUUCUGCUCAAAUAAUACCCCUUGUUUGCAAGCUCAGAAAAUCCUCUAUCUUGCACCAAGGUGAUUAUUUCCCAUUGCCUGCAGCUGCACAUUUUGUGACCAAUCAGAAUGUCACUUAAUGUGAAAUGACACAAGGUUGGACUUGCUCCCUCUCAGAGAUGAGUUGAGUUGAGAUUGGUUGCCCUGAAUUAAACAUGGAUCUGAGCAGACAAAGGAUUCUGCCUUUGGAUUUUUUUUUAAUAUUUAAUAUGCUGAACUGCUGAAAACAUAUCAAAAGGAUUUGCAGUCUGAUUUAAAUACAAUGUUUGCUGCAGGUUAAUUUAUGAACACUUGCAGAUCAAUAUUAUUUUAAUACCAGUGCAAAACCACUGAAGAUUGUGAAUAAAUCCAUUACCCUUAGCAACAGAGGUAUAUUAGAGCAAAGGAUAUAUUGAGGCAUUUUAGCUGAUAUUAAAAACAAAGUGAACACUCCUCAGCAAAUGCUAAAAAAAAUUGUUUGCAAUAAUAUUCUUGGCUCCCCAGUCAUUUAGAUGAAAUUGGAAAAUAACGUGUUCAAUGCAGCAAUGAAUCAAUACCUUCAGGGAACAAUGAGAGUGUUAAAAAUGAGAUGGAUAUAUUGCUGGACCUUAUCUAGGGCACUGAGUCAUAAGGACCAGGAUAGCCCCAGUUCUCUCUUCUGAACCCCCAGAGUUACACAAACUCAAUCAAAGCAGCAAUAGGGCACUUAAGUGAGCCUCUGUUUUCCAAGGAUCAUUCUGGGUUGCCAGAUAAAUGCAUUACUUUAUGGCAGAUUGCUGUAUUACAACGUCUCAUAAGUCAUUCAGCAUUGGGUCCUUAGUUAUUAGAGUCAUGCAGGACAGAAACAGACCCUUUAGCCCACCAUGUCCAUGCCCUUCAAGUAGCCACCUAUACUAACCCUAUUUACUAACAUGUGAUCUGUAGUCUUAUAAGCUAUUGAAGUGCUCAUCUAGAUACUUGUUAAAAGUACCUGCCUCCUUCACCUCCUCAGGCAGUACAUUCCAGAUUCCCUCUGAUUGAAAAAAAUCUUCUUCAGAUCCCCUUUACACCUUAUCUUAAACGUAUGCCCUCUAGUUUUAGACACUUCUGCUAUGGGCAAAAGUUUCCUACUAUCUACAGAAAAUGCUGGAAAAACUCAGCAGAUCAAGCAGCAUUUGUGGGAAGACAAACAGUUAAUGUUUCAGAUCAAAGACCUUUCCUCAGAAAGGGUCAAACCUUACAGUUCUGAACUAUUAACUGUUUUUCUUUCCAAAGAUGCUGCCUGACCUGCUGAGUAUUUCUGGCAUUUUCUGCUUUUAUUUCAGAUUUCCAACAUUUGUAGUUCUUUCUGAUUUUCCUACCGUCUUCCCGAUCUAUGCACCUCACAGUUCUAUAUAUCUUUAUGAGGUUCGUCCCUCACUUCAAGGAAAACAAACCCAGUCUAUUCGGUCUCUCCUCAUAAAUGAAAUGCUCCAUCCAAGGCAACAUCCCAAUGAAUUUUCUCUGCACCCUCUCCUUUGAAAUCACGUUGUUUCUCUAGUACAAUCAUGUCCUGGAUAAAUCUCUUGAAUAAAUUUCUCCAGGAUGGUCCAAAUAAUCAUUUGGCAAUGAAGCGGCAUUGGGCUUUCAACACACUGAAGCUCUCAGUUUGAAAAUGACCUUGGCUAUAGUGCUGGGAAGAGUAUAACUAAUAACAUCAGAGGUGCUUGGGAAGUAAUACAUGGGAUAAUUCAAUCUUCACUUAAAUUGGACAAAUAAAAUUUACAUUAAUAAGGAUCAAGAUGAGUUCAUGAAAUGCAUUGGUGAUAAAUUUAUAGAUCAAUAUGUCAAGGAUGCAAAUUGAAACAGACCAUUUUAGUAUUAUGCCUUCAGGCAAGGUUAAUUAAUAAUAAUGCAUUAGAGGAAUGUUUGGUAAAUUAAGGAUUAUGGGGAAAAGGCAGGUAGGUGGAGCUGAGUCCAUGACUAGAUCAGCCAUGAUCUAACUGAAUGGCGGAACAAGAAUGAUGGGCCAGAUGGCCUACUCCUGCUCCUAUUUGGUAUGUUCUAAUGUUCUUUAAGUGUGACCAUUUUUUCAGAGUGUAUAGUUAAGUUUACAACCAGCAUCUUAAAUUGGAACAAAGCCAACUACAUAGGUAUAAGAGGCAAUUUAGCAAGGAGACGGUGAAAUUAAAUUAAUAGAUACUCUGCUAAUUAAACAAUAUCAAACAUUUUUCAGAAAAUCUUAAUUUACAAUAAACAUAAUUCUCUUAGGGAAUUAAAAACCCUUUGAGGAAAAUGAUCCAACUGAGCCUGGGAAGUUUAAAAACUUUUAAGUUAAUGGAAUAGCCACAUAAUGUUGCCAAAAUCUCUAAGCCUGAUGAUUGGAAAGAUUUUAUAAUUCAGCAAAGGAUGGCCAAGGAAUAGAUCGACAAAAGAUAAAAUAUUGGAGACAAGAGACUCAAACCGAAAUUGUGAAAAUGUCUACAGGUUCAUAAAUAGGAAAAGAUUAGCCAAAAUAAUUGUGGGUCCCUGACAGAUUAGGAGAAACUAUAGCGGGGACUUAGGAAAUGACAGACUAAUUAAAUAAAUACUUUGUUUGUAUUUUCAAGGCAGAAAGCAUGGAUAUCAUUUCAGAAGUAUAUGAGAACCAAGUGUCUGGUGAGAGGAUGAUUCUAAUCAGAAUGUGAAAAAUGGAAGAAAUAAAUAGACCAAAAUCUGAUAAAUACCUAGACCUGAAGCCUAUUCUGUAGACUUAAAAAAAAAACGCAGAAAUUGUGCACAUGCUGGUUUUGAUCUUCUAGAGUUCCUGAGAUUUAGAACAGGACCUACUGAUUGAACACAAGGGCAUAAGAAACAGAAGUAAGAGUAGGCCAAUUUGUCGCUUAAGCCUGCUCUAUCAUUACAUAAGAUUAUGGUUGAUCCAAUCCUGAGCUCACCAUCACCUUCCCAUUCUCUCCACAUUGUGCUUGUAGUCAAAUAUCUGUCAGUCUCCACCAUAAAUGCAUUCAAUAACUCCACCCCCAGAGCUCUCUGGAGAGGAGAAUUUCAAAAAUUUAUGACUCCCUAAGAGAGUCCCGCAUUGUUGUCUCAAUGGGUGAACCUUUAUUCUGAAACUAGACAACCCCACUAGGGAAAACUUCCUCUCAGCAUUCACCUGUCAAUCCUCUUCAGAAUCUUAGAUUUCAAUAAAAUCACCUCUCAUUCUAAACUCUAAUGAAUAUAGGUCCAACCUGCUCAACUUCUCUUCAUAUGUUGAUCCCUUCAUCACACAAAUCAAACUAGUUUCAUUUCUCUGAACUGCCUCUGAUGCAAGUAUAUCCUUCUUUAAACAUGGAGACCAAAACAAUACGCAGUAGUCCAUGUGGGAGUCUUCAAAGUCACAUUACAAUUUCUCCACGUUUAUACUCUAUACCACUUGCAAGAUAAACCAGCAUUACAUUAACAUUCCCAAUUGCUUUCAGUAACUGCUUAUCAACCGUUUGUGUUUCGUGCACUAGGAUUCCCAGAUUCCAAUAUACCUUAACGUCUUGUAGUCUCACUCACUUAAAUAAAAAAUUACUUUUUCAUUCUGUCUACCAAAGUAAACAGCCUCACAUGUUCCCACAUUAUACUCCAUCCGCCAGCUUCUUCCUCACUCACUUGACCUUUGUAUGUGUCCUCAUCACAACUUGGUAACUCAGCUAUCUUUGUAUCUCAGCAAAUUUGGCAACAGUGCACUCAGUGCCUUCAUACAAGUCAUUAAUUUAGAUCGUAAAUAGUUGAGGCCUCACUCUAAUCUCUGGCACCUCAAUAAUUACCAAUUGCCAGUCUGAAAGUGAUCCAUUUGUCUCAAAUCUCUGUUUCCUGUUAGUUAGCCAGUCACCUAUCCAUGCCUAACUACAGGUAAUCUUACCUUCUACAAUUAUCUUUUGUGUGGCACCAUAUUAGAUGCCUUCUGAAAAUCCAAACACAAUAUAUCUGGUGGUUCCUCUUUAUCCAGUCUGUUUGCUACAUCCCCAAAGAACUCCAGCAAAUUUGUCAAAAACAAUUUACCCUCUUUAAAACUCUGCUUGAUCAUGUUAUGAGUUUCUAAAUGUCCUGUUAUUACCUCCUUAUCAAUGGAUUCCAGCAUUUUCCAAAUGACAGAUAAUAUAAUAGAGACUUAUGAAAGGGAAAUCACCUUUGAUAAAUCUAGAAUUUUUCUCCCCAGAUUAUAAUGAGAAGGGUAAAUAAAAAUGAUGUGAUGUAUUUAGAUUUCCAAAAAAGCACAUCAUAAAGUGCAUCACAAGAGGUAAUUACACAAAAUUAGGGCACAAGUGAUUGGUCGGAUUUGAAAAUCACGUUGUUGCUGGAGGAAUUCAACAGGCCAGGCAGCAUCUGUGGAGAAAAGCAGGCAGUCAACGUUUCGGGUCAGGACCCUUCUUCAGGACUUCUACAUGGAUGCUGCCUGGCCUGCUGAGUUCCUUCAGCAACAUCGUGUUUUUCUUCUAGAUUCCAGAGUCUGCAGUCCUUUGUUUUGCUGAUUGGUUGGAUUUAUUAGCAUAGACUGAAUAUUGACCAAUGCACAGAAAUUAGAAAGUAGGAAUAAGCAAUUCAUAUUCAGGUUGGCAUGCUGCAAAAAAUAUUGGGAACUUCCAGAAUCAAUGCUUGGACCUCAGUUAUCUAAAGUCUCUAUUAAUGAAGCAAGUGAGAGGACCAUGGAUCAGGAUUGAUACUGAUACAAAAUUAGGUGGUAAAGUAAGCUGUGAGGAGAGCACAAAGAGCUGGAGAGGAUAUAGAUGUGUUUUGUGAGUGGGCAAAAAUGUGGUAGAUGGAAUAUUAUGUGAAGAAAUGUGACAUUAUCCACUUUGGUAAGAAUAUGAUGAGUGGUUGGAAAAGUUAAUACAGAGACCUGUAAUAUCAACAAAGUAUGGAAAUCAUGUAAUAUUAGGUAACAAUGAGGAUAACAAAUGGCAUGUAGCCUUUGUUUUAGAAGGAUUGAAAUAUAAGAGUAAAAAAAGUGUUACUGUAAUUACAUAGCAGCUUGGUGACAUUGCACUGUAAGUUUUGGUUUCCUUGCCUGAGAGGCAAUGCAACAAAGGUUGUGCCAACUGAUUCCUGGGAUGGUGAGAAUUGUGGUAGGAGAAGGAAUUAAUGCAACUAAGCCUUUAUUCCUUACAGGUGGGAAGAAUAAGGAUGAUCUAAUUUAAAUGUAUAAGAUUCUGAGAGAACUUGACAGGGUAGAUAUUGUGAGGACGUAUCCUCUGGCUGGGGAUAUUAGAAGUAGGGGUCAUGACUCAGAAUAAGGAUUCAGCUUUGAAGGGCACAUCUUUGGAAUUCAUGGUUUAGUUGCUCAAUUAUUGAUUAAAUUCAAAGCAAAGUUCGAUUGAUGCUUGGAUACGGUUGAAGAAUUUGAGGAUUGUGCAGCAAGGAGGAGUUGAGGGAGCUCAAUGCUGGACCAAAAGCGAAGGGUCAGAUUACAAUAAAAAAAAACUGCAGAUGUUGGAAAUCUGAAAUAAAAACAGAAUAUGCUGGUUAAGCAGCAUCUGUGGAAAGAGAAACAGAGUCAAAGAAGCAUUAUAAGAAUUGGAGGAGAGAGAAAACAAGUAGGCUUUAAGUUGCAGAGAGGUUGGGGAAGGGAUGCAUAUAACCAAGGGAAUAUCUCUGAUACGGUGAGACCAUGGUUACCAUGGAAAUAGGUUGCAUAGGUCAUCCAGUCAAUGUGUUAAUAGGCUGCAGUUCGAGAGGGAGAAAAGGAAUGAAAAUUAUGAAAGAAAGGCAGUAGGAAAGUGAAAAAAAACAAGCAAAGAGAUGUGGAAGUUGUGAAAUGCAGGACUAUGUGAAAUGUCCAGUGAUUCAGAUUGUGCUGAUGGAGAGAGAAAAACUGAACCAAUAUCACAGAUGGAUGACUUAAAAAGUAGUGUGUUAUACACCAGAAAAAGCCAGUUCUGAUGCAGACAGAGAAAGCAAAUUAUCAUAAGUUGUGGAAUUCAAUAUUGAGUCUGAAAAGCUACAUUUAUAAUUAAAGGUUUAGAAAGCCGACUUCUGUUCUAUUCCCAAAGUUCCAAACAAUGAGGCUCAAAGUUGAGUCAGUAGAAGACCAGCUAUGGGAAAUGCUUCUGUAUGUGUUUGGGGUAGGUCUAUGUAUAUACCUAAACAAAACAGUUGAAAAAAUGUUUCCCUUAUUUAGGAGGGCAAAUAUUAGAUUCUUUCACCAUUUUCUGAGUGGUUACAUCUAAUUGGUUUUACAACCUCACAUUUCUAAAUGUAAGGAUAUACCUUCUUGUAGAAUUUGGAACUAUUUUGAAUUUAUUGAUCAGGUUUGAUUACUUCUGUAAGAUUACUUCAAUUCCUUCUCCAGCUCAAACAUUCCCAUUUUCUCUACAUAAUUUAAAUACUUAAUCCCAUCUAGAAAUAUAAUUAUCCUUUUCUGCACUUCCUCCACAUUUUAGUGUCUUCAAAAAUGACAUUUUUCUCAUGAAAUGGAGACCCAGAUUUGAUACAGUACCAUAGGAAAAGUCUGACACAGUUCAUUACAAAUUUCAAAUCACUUCCUGAGAUUUGUGCUCCAUUCCUUUGGCUAGACAACCAAUAUUCUAUUGUUUCUUUGUUUGCACAUUAUUUGAUGACUUCAGCAAACUGUCUACAUUUACUUGUCUGUCUUGUACCCUGUUGAAUAUGACCAUUUUACUACUUCUAUUAUCCCUUCCCAAUUGCAUGACUUUGCAUUUGUCCAUGUUGAAUGAUGUUUGCUACUGGUCGACCUAGAUUCACAAUUUAUCCUGUCCUUCUGUACUUGAUCUAUCUGUUCCCUAUUGUUUAUAACCUCUUGUACUUUGGAAUCACAUGCAAAGAUGAACAAGUUUGUUUAUGCACCCAGCUGCAUGUCAUAUAAACAACAUUAUAAACAUCAACAAUGUUAGCACUAAUCCAAAAGAAUCAUAUUGGCUAUAUUCUACUUCAAUAAACCAGUUCCAUGCACAUGCAUGUCUUAGUUCCUCUGCGUCAGCUAAUUUGCAAUCAGAUGCACUUCUCUCAAAAUGUGCUUUUUACCUGUGAAACAAUCUCAUGUAGCACUUUAUUUAAAACACACCUAAACAAAACCCACCAUCUUCAUGGCCCGUUGCCUUUUCAGAAGAACUCCAGGAGAUAUAUACACCACAAUUUCUCACCCACAAGGCCUUGCUGAUUCCCUCUUAUAGUUUUGUAUUUCUCUAGGUGGCUCAAGUCAUACCAUUAAAACCCAGGAAAUCAUGACGUAUGAUCACUCAGAUUUACUUAGAGGGGGAUAUCUAUAUAUAUUUUUCUACUUAAUCACUCUUCCUUAUCACCAUGUACUGCUGGAUGCCAAGGGAACAACUGAAGGCCUCUCUCUGAAUAGCUCCUUUAAUCUUGGCUUCUGAGUAUGGCAUUCAACAUUUGUCUCAUUGAUUUCCCUUCCUCUUUUAAUCUGGGAAGGAGUGGGUGUUUAAUCUUCUGUCAGUUGCUCUCCAGAGGAUGACAACUAACACUGUGAAUUCAAGAAGUGGAUCCAUAAACUACUCAACAGUCAUGACAAAGCACAUUGAUGCUUCACAUCUCUCACUGCCUCAAGUUUACACUUUUAUUAAUUACUCAUUUCCAGCUGACACUUUAGAUAUUGUUACCACUGCAGCAGUGAUAAGGCAGUGAAAUACCAAAACAAGACUGGGACAUUUGUCUAUUAAGUGAAUACAGUUGCCUGCAGUCAUAAGCAAGGAACUAGAAAGAAAAAAAUCUUGCAGUUAUUAUUAGCUUUUGCCUUAUGCACUACUGUUAAUUGCCUUUGCCCUAAAGAAUAAAUGAAAAUAUCAUAGUUUGGAGAUGCUAUGCUAUCAGGCAACUUCUAUUGAACUUUAAAUAAUAAAAAUUAGUAUAAGGGUAAAUGCUAGGCAUUAUGAAACUUUGUCUGGAUGAUUCAUUGGUAAAAUUUCUUAUGUUGCAUAAUUUCUGUCCAAGCUGCUGAAUUGCAAAGAAUCUGCUAUAUUAGCAUGGGCCCAAGAGAUCUCCAUCAGCAUUUGUUUGAGCAACUAAUGUUGUUAAUUGAUCUGAAUUAUUUUAAUAUUUUCCCCCUAAGCACAACACUGAAAAACAGAAUCAGAAGUUUAUGAAACCAAAUGGUUAUUUUAGAUAAAAGCUACAUAAUAUAACAGCAUACAGUGGAAAAUACAUUUCAGUUACUGACAUAAAGCAUGUUUAAUUAAGGAAUCAUUAUGUUUUUAUAUGCUAUAUUUUUAUUUAAGCUAAGGAUAAAAUUGCAUCACUCAAUACAUGUCAUACUGAAUUAUUCUGAUGUGACUUAUUGUGUCAGAUGGUGGAUGAAAAUUAGUUAGUGACAUAUCUGUUUUUUCUCUGUGAGUGAUGCCUCAAAGACACCAGUAAAAGAACCAAAUCCAUUGUUCCAUUGUGAUCUUCCACUGUGAACAUCAAUUAUAUGUUAUCCUAAUAUCUAUGUCCAAUAGUAUUCUAACAUCUGCCUAAGCAGGAAAUGAUGCAUACUGUCAUUUCACACCGAUUUUAUAUUUCUCUUUCACACUUCCCACAGACAAAUUUAUUCCGGGCCAUUUUUUGUUUACUUUGAAAAGCCUUUUGUAGCCAGUUUUUGGGAAAAAGACACAGCUGGUCUUCUGAUAUACAGUACAUUCAAGCUUUUCCAUCAAUAUCGAACACAUUACUACUACAGGAGUCAGAAUGUUCAUGGACCAUUAAACAAAAAGAAAUUAUCAAAUAAAGUAGAGGAAGAAGUCCAUGCCAUUGUGGCUUUUGUAUGGAUGAAGUGAUAAAUCUUUGACUGGCCUUGGUUCAGAUGCCUGUUUCUGAACAAUCUGACUGUCACUUGCUUAAUAAUGAUUAUAUUUUAAAUGGAAUUAAAAGCAUUAGGCCAAAACAUGACAUAACAUGUUUGCCCUUAUAACUAAAACCACAUUCAUUGGACUUACGAUGACCAAUACUACCAGAGUCCACAUUUUGUUUCUCAUACACUGCCAAUGUCACACUUUAGUCCAGAGGCAAACAAACUGGGGAAAAAAGGAAAAGAUGUAUCUGAUAUAUGUCCUAAAACUUCAGGUAUGUUUCAAAUUAACACAGUUCCCUUGCCAAAUAAAAAUAACUCUCUGACUUACCAGAGGUGUGUAUAUUUAAAAAUUAAAUUAUGUGUUGUUAAAAGGGCACAGUUGCAGUCAGCAGUAGAACAGUAUGUUGCAUGUUACUCUUCCUUAUAAAGCUCCAUAACAUCAGAUCUACUGUGUACCAUGCCAUAGGAUGUUUAAAAUGUUUGUUUCACAGUUGCUGCCCAACCUGCUGGGCAUUUCCAGCAUUUUCUGCUCUAUUGCAGAUUAUGCAGUUUUCUUUUGCAUUUCAAUCAAUGUUUCAAAAAGUUACCCUUAAAUAAAGUCUUGAGGUACUGCGUUAAUGUUGUUGAUUAGCUAAAUUGCAAAAACACAACUGGUGUUUGACUUCAUUCAAACACCACAGGAAUUUCAAUCUUUUAGUCAGGUAAUAAAUCUAUUUGGACAACAAUGCAGUGCUACUGUCCAACAAUUUAUUUUUCAAAGGAAAUUAGAAAAGCUCUUGAAACUAUAAAUUAUGGUAGGAGAUAGCCAGAAAAAAAAGAAACUAAAAUGAACUUGUAGAAAUAUGUUACCCCCAUAGGUUCAAAGAGCUAUCAACUAAAUAUCUAUUGUUCUAAAGAUAAUGUACUGAGAACACAAUAUCUGUAAAUACAGUUGAAGGGGUAAAUCAAAUCAAGUUCAAAGUGAAAUACAGUCAAUGAGCAUGUUACACCCUCCAAGUAGUUAAAAUGUUAAAUAGACAAUUCAUUGGGUAAACGUAUAAAUUGUCAUGAAGGUUAGGAAAGUUUUAUGUUCUGGUAUGUGCUGAGUUAGUUAACCUCAUACAUAUACUAUGGGUGCUAUAAUAAACCUCAAUGACCCUAAAUAGCAGGGAAGGCAAAAUAGUUUUGGCAUUUACUUUUAAUGCCCUUACUGAAACAUACUUAUUGAUGUAAGAGAAUAAUAAACAUUAACUUGGUUGCUUUAGAUCCUAUGCUUUCAAAGCUUGCUGGCACUCACUGUCUAUUUUUAACGCAAGGAACAAAGUAACACAUGAUUGAGGCCAUCGUUAUUCCUUUUGAUUAGACACAUCAAAAGAAAGAUAAGAAAAAAGAGAGAAAUGAGUUAAAAUAAAUGCAUAAAGAUACAUAUAUGAAGUUAAAAUUCUACUUUUUGUAAAGAUUGGUGAAAUAAUUCUGGUUAAUUAACUGAAUGGUCUUUUUGUUAUCUUUUCACUCAUAAGAUCACUUUUAAGAAAUAUGAAGAAAUAUUUUAAGAGCUAUCAUCACUGGUGGUACAAUUUAGUUUACCACAUGCAUCUCAAAGGGAGAAGAGAGCAAUUAAUGCAAAGCUCAAAGCACUUCCCAAGUGAAUAAAAAAUGUUUUUAAUAUCAAUAAAACACUAACAUCCUGCAGUUUUAGAGUGAAUUGAAGUCAUGGAAUUGGUGAUUUACUGAUCAUAAACACAAUGGGCUAUUAAAAACUAUUAUGAAUAUUUUGGCAAUGUAGAAAUUUUCUGUACACAAGAAUCAAUAAUAGCCCAAAUGCUUUUUUGAUAAUUAAACCAUUCUGUACUUUCCAAGUUUCUUCUUUAACUGUGAGGAUUCUGAAUCACUUUUACUUGCUUCAGACUAAUAUAAUCAUGAGCCAGAGACACAUGAAACAGGAACCUCCAAAUAGGUAUGAGGUAUACCCGAUGAGCUCACAAUAUUUGGAGAAGGAAUUUAUACCCAUUGUUGUGCCUUACUGCUAUCAUGUUGGGCCUCAGUUAAGUUAGGACAUUGUUAUCAUGGGUAGAAAAUCCAUAAGAGUUGUGCAAGCAAGUGACAAAAUAAAUCUUAAUGCAAUUGAAAUGACCAUGUCAUAAUUUUGCUUUGCAAGAAAUGAAAAACUAAUUUGUUUCUUUUAAUGAAGAUGGUGGCCUUUAAGAUGAAUUUGAUUUACAAAAGAAAGUGGUUGCCAGCUCAGGAGAUCUACCUAAAUGAGGCCUCAAAAUAGUUUUGCUAUAUUUUAUUAUGAAUGUAGGCCUGCAAAAGGAAUACUAUUACUUUAAAACUGAAAGAAUUAAAAAUCUUGAUAAUGCACUGUAUAACAAAAUUUAUAUUUAAAAUUAGUGACAGGAAUGAAUGUUUUGCACAAAACUGUAAUUCAUGCAUAAUACAGAAUUCCAAUGUGCAUUUUAUAAAGACCACAUUAAUGUGACUCAAAACGUGAGAUGGAAAUAAAACUUCGGUGUUUUAUUUUUAAAAGCAUAUAUAUUCCUCAUUAUUCUU